UCCGUCCUCGCCGCAUACGCUGCCCUUCCUCACGCUGGACGAACAUCCAUUGCCAGCAAGAACGACAUAGCCACCGCCCGCCAUGAACCCAUCACGCCCUUCAUUCGUCUGCUCAAGCUGCGCGCGGGCUCUACGAUCAUUCACGAAGCCACAGACCACGCGACAUUUUUCCGUUUCAGUCUCCAAUCGCAUCAAUGACAGCGUGCCCGAAGAUCCAGCACAACUCCCCCGAUGGAGGCAGACUCCCGCACGACUGCAACAGCCUGUCCGUCUAAGACCACGUAGCGAACACUCAAUAUCAUGGCGUGUAAACUCCGAUCCAGAAAAGCUCGAUGCUGUCUACGACAACUUUCUCGGCCGCAUAGGAGGGAAUCAACGAGGGCGAGAACUUUUGGAUGAACAGACAAAGUGGAUAGCAACAACCCACAAAUCUCACGAACACGGCCAUCAGGGCUUCAACGACCGCCUCGCAUAUCUUGGGAAACGCAUUCUCGAUCUCCAAUGCUCCCUCGCCCUACUCAACGCCCCAGUGCCUUCGAACCUCGCCGAGCUCCCUUCAAACGAAGUCUUCAAACACUCCGCGCUAGAAGGUCUUGAGAACAUCACUCCAUUCAACAAAACUACCAUCCUUCAUAAAUCGCGCUUGUCAGCGCUCGCGUCACAAUAUGGCUUGGAUAAAGUUGUCAGGUGGAAGCCACGAGAUCCUGAGAAUCUGAAGUUGAGUGGAAUUGAUGCCGUUCUGGCGCAAUCGAUUUUUGCGAUCGUGGGCGCAGUGGCUUUGCAAAGGGGCGGAGAAUUGGCGGCGAGGACAGCAAGAGAAAGGGUUCUUGCGCCAUUGGGGCUGCGAUGAAAGGUUGGAUAUUGCAGUUUACGGGAACAUAUGGCAGGUGUGUAUCAAGAGGGACACCGCUUCUCUGAGCGCGACGAAAGCCUUGAGCCUCGGCAGUGCUUCUCAGUCCUCUGCUUGAAAGCUGCUGGGACCGUGGACGGCACGCGGCAGGUCUGGUGCGAGGAGAGAAUAGAUGCUACAUGAUCAGAGCGGAUCUCGGAGAAAGAGCAGAGCGCGAUGUCUUUGGGAGAAAACUUCCCAAAAAGUGUGAAGGCAUCCCACAACGCUGGCGAAUCGCCGCGAUGUCUGAUAUAAUACACAUACUGUACAGUAGGCUCUGCGAUACGCAGUGCCAUCUUGGGUAUCAUGAGCAACAUCCAUCAGCUCCACCUUUUACCAGCAAGCAGCUAGCAAUCCCACAAGCCAGGAA